AUUAUAAGCAAGCAAUGGAAUGUGUUGACCAUAUCAAACAAGAAUGAUUAUGAGGCGACAGCACCAACAUAUAUAAAAUUCGAGAUGAGGACUUAUACAGGCGUUUCGUUGACCAGAUAGAUGCUAGCACAAGUGAUGGUUUCAAGUACAAGACAGAUUUAAACAACCUAAAGAAAAUGCAUUACAGUGCACCGAGUAGUCCAAGAAAGAACCAGUCAAAAACAAUAAACCCAUAUGGGAGUUCAACCAGUUAUAAAAACGACUCAAUUCCAAUUUCUGCAUUACAGAAUAUCACUCUAGUCGAGCAAAGGUAUAAAUAAAUACCCGAAGACGUUCAAGAAAAACAAAUAAAUUGAAAGUUCCUUUUGAGUCAAAGGUGAAUUCUUCGUGAGUACAUUCCCCAAAUAGCAAACUCAAACUAGAUGCUUGCCCAAGCCAUGAUUGAUAUGUCUGAAAGAUAAAUCAGAAUAAGAAUGAUAAUAAGUAUGCAAACAGUUACAGUUCCGUCCAUGAGUCUCCAAAGCUCACCUUUGGAGGGUACAAAUUCAGCCAUCUCCAUAAAUUCUCGACGAAUAAAUCAAGAGAGAUUUCGAAGGAGACUGCUGCUUCAUAUAAGGCAAAAAUGUAUAAAUGAGUCAAGCUUCCUUUAAAAGCAAGAAUCACCGAAAGUAGUAUAGACAGAACUGAUAAGUCCAACAGGGCCAGACAGAAAAUAAAGAUCAUCGACGCUACCGAGGGAGAUACUGAACCCAACCCUUCAAGACUUAAGCAAUUUGAUACUUCAAUGGUGCUACCAAGCUUGAAGAAGAGGAGAAUGUAUCCAUUGUCUUCAUCUUCUCAUAAAAAUCAUGAGAAGUUCAGAAUAAUGGCUUAUAACCAGAAAGCUUGUAAAAAUAUGUCGAAUCUUGACUUUUUACCUGAUGUGGAAUGUAUCGAUGCUUCGAGUGUAUACAGAAGAAAUUCACAUGUUUCAGUGUACCAUAAUCCAAAACUGUGUAAGAGUGAAAUGGAAGGAAGUUUCCAGAUCUCACCAAUGCCAUCCUUUUGAGAUCCUCCAGUAAUAAACUUAAAAGAGCGAACUAAUCCAAGGAUUCAAACAAGAUCGAAAAAUUCUUCAAGACCAAUCCAGUCAUUUGGGUUAUCACCAGAAAUAAGCCAGAUCCAUCUGGCUGUCUCUUCUGCUGAGGUGCAUGCCUCUACAAACAAUAUAUCUAAGAUUGAAGUCCCCAACACUGGCAAGGUUAAAAAGAUCACCUUGGCAUCAAAGCCAAAGACAGUAUUCACCCCUAUCAUAUGCCAUAAGCCCAUUAAGAAGAAGUUCAUGAGUGAUUCCAAGAAGAGGGGUAUAAACUCAGACAUUAUCUAUGACCUUAAGUUUUAAAUAGUAUUUCCACC